AUGGGACCUGAAGUCAUGAUUGUAGAGACCAAUCAGACAGACAUCAACUUCAGCCGCAGCAACUCGGUCCAGGUAAUCGACAGUCUCACAGUCGCCUUCACUGAGUGCCUCGUCACACCCGGUGGUUUUAUCCGCAUCACACCCUCACUCGCCUCGAUUUUGCGACGUGUCCGCCAUCAUGAGGAAUCUCGUCUCUACUGGGUAGAUGGUCUAUGUAUCAACCAGAACGAUAUAUCUGAGAAAGAGAUCCAAGUCCCUCUUAUGGGAGUGAUAUACGCCUCUGCCGUGCGUGUUCUCUGCGACGUAUGCGACGAGAAUGAAAACAUAAAUCGGCUGUUGGACGCCAUGCAACGAUACUGGAAGAAGAAUAUUCGUCGUGGAUUUGAACUGGCACAGGGUCGCUCAAUGAUCCUUUCAAAAGAAACGACUGCAGCGAUAAUGGGUGUCCGUCUUCCCACUCAAGAGGAGGCAGAUGAAAUUGAAGGCUUUGAGGCGGAGAAUUGGACUGAAGAAUUUCUUGAAUUCAUAUGUUUGCCUUGGUUUCAUCGUCUAUGGAUCCUUCAAGAGUUCGUUCUUGGUCGCGAUGUCACAAUAAUAUUUGGCCGUCGACAUUUACCAUGGGGAGAACUUUGGGCGGGUACAGCAGCAGGGUACUCUGGCUCUUCCUUGCCAUGGGAUUCAAUGGAGCUAGCCAAGCCAGAGAACGUUACCAAGCUGACGUCUCUGAGCUCGAUCUGUUUCAUCCGCAGCUGCAGGGUCAUUGAUCCCAACACUACCCACGGCCGCGAUUUCAUAAAUGCCACUAGAGUCUUGAUUGGAGGUGCAGAACUCAGUCAAACUCAGCUUCCCAUGUCUCUUAUGGCUGGCUGCUUCAAGGAGUGUCGACUACACAUCGCCUAUCAGUGA